AUGGACGUAUCGGCUCCCGCCGUUCUGGCCAGAUUGCCCCGACCUAGCAGGCCAGAUGGAAUCUAUUUCGGGGCGGUUCAUGGUGUGCGUGACGGACUGAAAAAGCGGAGGAAAGAAAUUUGUGCGGCAGUCGACGGCGAUUCUGUCGGCCUUUAUGAAGUUGAGAAUGGCAGUAUCCUUGCUUCUUUCCCUGUCCCGCCUUCUUCGCGUUUCCUGGGACCACCUUGCUCAAUCCGCGAGAAAACUGACGGACUAAACACUCGAUGGACGUACUGCGCCAUAAAGCGGGAAGCUCUAAGAGUCGAGGCUUUCCAGACAUCAGGUGACGACUCGACGCGCCCCGCGUUCUUCGCGAGCCCACCAUUACAGGACCAAGAUAGUCCUGUUACGCUUCUCGACGUUCUCCCAGGAAACAGAGGGAAACGGGUUCUAGUCGUCCAACAAAAUGGUAGUGUCACAAUCUUCUCCGGAGACCUGCAGUCUAUGUCAUCCGGAUUGUCACUGGCUUCACAGCACGAAAAGAGCAUUAGGACCUUGGCUAUCCAGAAUGCCACACUUCCAGAGGCACGGAAAACCAUUUUCAAGCAGAGACCAGAUAUUGCUACUGCUGUUGCGCCUGAUACUUCGUGCCUAGCAGUUGCCUACGUUCAGAGUGUACAAUGUGGCGCCGUUGAUACCUUCCGCUAUGGUGUUUGGGCUAUCGACGCUGUCGAACAAAACUCCGCAUCUAGUGGGAGGUUUCUGCAUCCAUUGUUCGAGCAUGAAAUCUCAUUGGCUGGAAACAGACCUAAUGUUCUCAACGACAAAUCUUGCACAUUUGACUCAAGAGCGUCCUAUCUCGCCGUACGCGCAGGACAAAGGUUCAUCUCAUACGAUUUGACAGGCUUGGUACCGUCCUUGGCUUCAACAUUACACCUUCGGUCCAGCGGUCCCCACGGAAUCAUGCCCAUCUCGCCAGCAUUUGCUAUCUGCUGGCGUGAUGAGUCUUUGCAGCUCUAUGACCUCAAGUACCAGUCGGUGCAGGCUCAGAAGGAUAUAAAGCAAGCUAAUCUCAAGCGCAAACUUAAUACCCCCCACGAAGGCAGUGGUCCCGUCGACUUUGUGGCGUACUAUCCCCAAUUGGCACGGAUUAUCGGACGAAGACGCCAUCAGCUUGUGGCGAUUGAUAUUACUGCUAGUGGAUCGCGGCGACUGCUUGAAAAAGGGAGCAGUCUUCUUCACAACAUCGGACGGGGAAUUAAUCGUCAAGACUCGACGGUAAAACACCCAGAAAAGAAACUGUCGUCAGGGCAUGAUAAAUCGAUGGUGGCUUCUUCACCUAGCGCAGAUUGGGAAUCCGUGCGACAACGGCUCGAUCAAUUAACCCUGUCUGGUGAUGUCGCCGGCUUCGAGACAGUUGUGGCCAAUGACAUCUGGAAAAGUCGCUCCCUUGACGAAUCGCACGGAGAAGCCCUCACUGUACCGGACUUCAAGGUUAAUUACCUGUUGUCCAAGAUCUUCCAUACAACCGUCGGCUCGAACGCUGCCUACAACGACCGAAGUACCAGUCAAAAGCGCGUGCAAAUUCAAGUUUACUCACCCAAACUUAUCUCAUGGAUCUCCGGUCAAGGUUUGCUCUCCAGUCGACAUGUUGAGAGGGCACUUGAGACCACCUCGUUUGAUGCUGGCCAAAAACUUGGUGCCUGUGCCAUAGCACAGGCACUCCUCGAUGCCGACCCAUCCUGUCAUUUACUCGUGUGUUGCAUUGAGAACGGCUUUAGUCAGUAUGUGGAGGAACAAGCAGCUGUAGUACAGCUGUUGAUUCAGCGGGCUCUGGCCUCGUUGUCGGAAACAGCCGCCGCAGAGCCGAAGCCGCGAACAAAGGGGACAAUGGAUGUUGACUUGGUCUCUGACGCCCCGGAGAUGCAGGUGCAGUCGUUGUCCGCCACCUCCGCGGAGAACCCUUGGUUACCCACCCCAGUGCAAGGAGCGUUGAUCGCGGCUCUGAACAGGUUCGGCACGGCGGCAGGCCUGACGAUAUCAACAAAUCUGAAAGCCCUGCUCUCGCAGACAGAAGUCCUGGCUUUGAUUCAAUUCCUACGACAGCAACUAUUCAAAGCUGGUCACACUCGAUCGCUUCAGAGCCAGCCCAUGACUGAGGAGGUUCCGCGCACCGUCAGAUUUGACGCCACGAUCAAGUUGUUAUCCGCCUGCGUCGAUGCUAUGGGACCACUUGGAUUCUUUGCUGCUUUGGAUAACGAGGACUUCGUCGACACCCUCGUACCAGAGCUGGCUACUGAGGUCACGAAUACAAAGCAGAGCCUAGAGGACGUCGCAGAACUUCGAGGCAUUCUGCGUGAGGCUUUGCGCUUUCAAGAAUCUGUUCAAAGACAGCGGGCGGCUGGUGCGCGUAGUCGGGCUCACGCGGCUAGCAAUACCGCACAGCAGCGGCCCGGGGCUAUUGUGACAGUGUACUCGGAAGCUGUUGACGGUGAAGAAAACCCUCAAGCAGGAUCCAUGUUGCCUCUCAGCUUGAAGGCUCAGGAUGUUGUCACUGCUGGGAAGAUCAGAAAGGGUGGAGGGCAGGUCAAGCAAAGGAGCAUUCGCCAGAAACGGAUGCUAGAGAGGAGAGCCAAGGGCGGGUAUACUUUUGAGCGACUAGUAUUGUGA